UUGAGCGUUGCGCAGCCAUUGCACCCGUGGGCGCUGGCGUUGCAAGCAGCCGCGUAUGAUGGCACUGUGGGCACUUGGUGCCCUUCAGCUCGCUCUCGCAGGCUGGCGCCCUGGUCGAUAGAUGCCGGCCAAAACGCAAGCGAACGUAAGCGGCAUAGCGCAGGCCCCAGUGGCGAAGCUCGCAUCCAAUCGCCGGUCGUCAUCCAGACAAGGGCCCACUUGCUCGCUAGCCACACGGCCGUCGCCCGCUGACUUGUGCGUGCCUUUCAAAUCGUCCCAACCCUCCCCUCCUGCUCCUCUCGCCUGCACCCAAGCUCUCCUACAUUCAAGACAUCUACUCCGCCUCACACCGCGCCUCUAGUCAAUACUCUCGCCUCUCGCACCCUCGACCGCCGUCUCUGACGCUCUCACACUAUACGUUACACACCCGAGGACCCGCCCCCUGCCGGCUU